CCGGUGCCCCUCCCGGCCCCGGCCCGAUGCUUAGCCCGCGCCGCCUCCGCAGAGGUCAGCGCUCGCGCGCCGGGCCGCCGCGGACCCCGGGGACAGGCGCGGGCACAGGCAGCAGAGAUGUGGGGGCUGAUGUGGGGUCGCUCGCCUGUCGCCCGUUGCUGGCAGCCCUCCGCUCCGCCCUCCGGUGCUCCCUGCGCCCGGCUCCCUGCGGUCUGCGCGGCGGCCCCCUCCCUCCUCCCUCUUUCCUCCUCCAGGCUUCUCCCUCCCUCCUUUUCUUCUUCACUAUCUCCUCCCUCCUCCUCCUGCCUCCGCCUCCGGGGAGGGACUUCGCCUCCCCGCGCCAGCAUCCAGGGGCGAGGUUCUCCACUCCUAUCCCUGUGACGCAGGCCGAGACCCCUCCCCUCCGGCCUUGGCUCCACAUUCUGCCCCAUCUCAUCAGUCUUGGCUCUGGUCUCCCUGCCCAGUGCCGCGCUGGACUGGGCCUUGGCCUGGGCCAGGUGGUCGUUUCUGCUCUACUUCUCCAAGUAAGGCCCCUCCUCCUGGUUCUCCGGGUUCCAGAGAGGGACAGGAAGUGUCAGCACCCGCCUCCUCCAGCAAGAAAGUGCCAUCAGAGGAGGGGCCUGGAAAGUCAGAGGAGCCAGGGACUAAUGACUAUGUGAGCAGAGGUAGGAGGGCAAGAGGGUAGGCGAUACGGAUGCGGAAUGGGCCAAGUAUGCCAUAAAGAUCGUGGCAGUUGUGGGAAAGACUAGCCGACUUCUGAGGAGGAAGAGGUGCUGGAACAGUUGCCAGCGUCUAUGAUCCUCUUGUGGCUGCUGGUCAUGCUGGGAUUGAGUCCCAAGCCCUUGUGCUGGCCACAGAGCUGACAACAUAAGAACCAACCCUGCCCUGUGUUGGAAAGCAGGAAGAGGACAGCUGACCUCCAGCCCCCCAAGUCCAGACCCCACUGUAUCUGGAGGUUCCAACAGGAGAAGUUCAGUUGUAUGAGCUCACACAGGCCCUGAGAUGUUAAGGCACCAGGGUACCGGCCCUACUUCUCAGAAGGGUGCUCUCAGGUAUAUCACAGGGUUGGACUCAAGGCCCCUUAGUAGUCUUUUCCUCUGCAGGGAGUCAGGCCAGGAAUUCAGGACAAAUCAAAGACUUCUAGUAGCACCUAUUUUGUGGCAAUUCCAAGUUUUGGUUUUUUUUUCCCCUUAAUAAGACAGCCUGUUGCUUUAUUUAGGUUUUUGUACAAUUCAGCAGUGGAGAGAAAAGGGCCAACAACAGACACUUGCUGUAGGCUGUAGAGUAAACCAUCUUUAUUUCUUUUGGUUAAAAACAAUGGAUUUGAAUCUGGCAUUUCUGUGUACGUCUCAUUCCGUAUGUACAGUACAUUGAUGAUGUACACCUAGCAGUAAAAACAAAUAUCAGAAAGGAAAACACACUGAAAAAGUGGCUUCAACAAAGGUGGCUGUGCAGGGCAGGCCAUGCACCAAGCACAGGUGGCUCAGUAGAAGCAGACAGUAUGCAGAAAGGCCCGGCCACUCUUCUCCUCGAACUCCUGCAGCAGCUCGUCGAUUUCAUUCUCCAUGUCCUCAGUGUGCUGGAUCUGGGAAAAGCACAGCCUUGAGUGAACCCGGGCAUUGUGACACACCUUCCCUGACCCUGUCCUCCACUGCUUCUUCACUUCUGCAGGGAACCAGGCUUCAGGAUAGCUUCCUCAGUCCUAACAGCUUGUUCCUACCAGACAUAUACAACAUAUCACAGGAGUACCCCAUAUUGGGAGUGGGACAGCUAGAUUCAAAGGGAGUUCCAGCCCCAAGGCUGGAACUCAGGUUCUGUUCUCAGGCAUCAUAGGUACAUGAAAGCCUCACCAACCAGUGCUACCCCAAAUUUGCAAUGAGUGAAGUGAGGCACACAAAGAUACCGGCAUUUUCCUACAAUUGUCCAGUGUAGAUGCUGACUAUGCUUUGUGCACUGCAGUGUAUUAACAUCACAUCUGGCCUCUACCCUCCAGACACCAAUAGCUUCUCCUGGUUGUGAAAACUUAAAAGGUGACAAGGCAUUGCCAGUAGUAGUCCCUUGAAUAAUUUAAGUAAAGAAGGCUGGAUGUUAAACACACUGUUCUGGCAUGGCUACACAGUCUCCUUGGUCCCAGCCCUUUCUCCAGAUCAUCAGCCAGACCACAAGGUCAACUGAUGGAGCUUCAAUAACACUAAGAGUGAAAGCAGUGUGGAGUUUAGCAGGAGUUUGGAUCCCCCACACGAACUUCCCCAUCAGCCUUCACCUGGUAAGCCAAAAGGACAUCAAUUCUGCCACAGUCAGCUAAUCACAGUUCUUAAGGGCAAA